AUUAUAGCAACAAGCAAACCGAAUGAAGAAAGUUCAAGAAAAAGACAUAGGUUCUUUUUAGAAAAUGAAGAAAAAUUUAGUUCAGAAGUCAAAGAUACUCAAACAACAGCAACAGCUAUUAGUAAG